AUCAGCGAAAACAUUGCCUUCUUUGGCGGUGACCACUUGCGCAUCACUGUCUUCGGUUCGGGCAUUGGUGCCUCCUGCGUUAGCCUGCUCACGCUGUCACACCACUCCGAGGCUUUGUCUCAUUCAUUUAACAUGGCUGCAAAGUGGGAGCUUGGAAAACUGACCUGAUGUCCCCCCCCCCACCUCUCCAGUUGUUUGACGCGCACGAUCUAUACACGGGAGACAAUUUUCCCCAGGUACUGAAUACCCUUGCAGCUAUAAACAAGGCUACAGAAGAUCGGAGCUCCACCAGGCCAUGCUUGCAUCUGUUGCCUCCUAGUUCCGCUGAGGGUGACAGCCGUCCCUCGACGCAAACAACAUCUCCUAAGUUGCCGAAAGCAUUGCACGGCCAGUCAAAAGUAGUGGAGAUGACUGAAAAUGGCAAUCACCAGCUGUUGGUCAAGGUCCGAUUCCAGUUUAAGCAGACCAAUGAAGACGAGCUGUCAAUCAACAAAGGUGACAUCAUUUACGUCACCCGGGUCGAGGAAGGAGGCUGGUGGGAGGGAACCCUUAAUGGGAAGACAGGCUGGUUUCCCAGUAACUACGUCAGAGAAAUUAAAUCUACUGAUAAACCACUUUCUCCAAAAGCUUUGAAAGGAGUUGAAAGCCCUCAGCUCACCAAAAAUUACUAUGCCAUGGUACUUCAGAAUAUUCUGGAAACAGAACGAGACUAUGCCAAGGAGCUGCAGAUGCUUUUGGGAACAUACUUGAGACCUCUCCAAUCCUAUGACAAGCUGAGUGCCAUGGAUAUUGCAUCUUUACUUGGAAAUGUGGAUGAAAUCUGCACCUUUCAGCAAACUCUCAACCAGCUGCUGGAAGAAUGUGCUCAGCUCCCAGAGCACCAGCAAAAAGUGGGGAGCUGCUUCAUAAGCCUUAUGCCCCAGUUCAGGUCUCUGUACCUCACCUAUUGUGCUAACCAUCCUUCUGCCGUGAACGUCUUGACUCAGCACAGUGACGAGCUGGAGAAGUUCAUGGAGAUUCAGGGAGCCCCUUGCCCAGGGAUACUGACCUUAACCACAAACCUCAGCAAACCAUUCACACGACUGGAUAAAUAUAUCAUCCUUCUGCAAGAGCUUGAGCGGCACAUGGAGGAAGCUCAUCCAGACCACGAAGAUGUCUUGAGAGCAGUCACCUCCUUCAAGUCUCUUGUGUCCCAGUGUCAGGAGAUGAGGAAGAGGAAACAGCUUGAGCUCCAGAUCCUGUCAGAGGCCAUCCAGGGAUGGGAGGGCGAAGACAUAAGAUCAAUGGGCAACGUCCUGUAUAUGUCACAAGCCUUGGUCCAGUAUGGAGUGAGUGAGGAAAAAGAAGAAAGAUACCUCAUGUUGUUUUCUAAUGCCCUGCUGAUUCUCUCCGCCAGUCCUCGAAUGAGCGGAUUUAUUUAUCAAGCAAAGCUCCCUUUAAUAGGUAUGAUGGUCACAAAAUUAGAAGAUGUGGAAGUCAAUGAACAUGCUUUUGAAAUUUCAGGGAGCCUGGUCGACCGGAUUAUGGUGCAUUGCAACAGCAACCAGGAUCUGCACGACUGGCUUGACCAUUUGCACAGGCUCACCAGGGGGACGGUUUCAAGUGGCAGCCUCUCCAAGACACAUUCCUGGGGUUCUCAUUCUACUUUCAGCUCUACUGGACAAGCCCGUGGUCCGUUGGAGCCGCCCAAAAUCGUUAAGCCCUGGACCUUAAGUUGCCUCCGCCCUGCACCUCCCCUCAGGCCAUCGGUGGCACUCAGCUACAAAGAGAGGAUGACUUACAUUUUAAAGGAAUCAAGCAAGAGCCCAAAGACAAUGAAGAAGUUCCUUCCAAAAAGGAAAGACAGGAAACCAUCCGAUGAGGAAUUUGUCAUUAGAAAAAGUACUGCUGCCUUGGAAGAAGAUGCACAAAUCCUUAAAGUGAUUGAGGCCUAUUGCACAGGUGCCAGCUUCCAGCAAACCCUCAGCUCAGGUUCCCGUAAAGAUUCCGCCCCCCAGGUCCUGCUUCCAGAAGAAGAAAAAAUCAUCUUUGAGGAAACAAGAAGCAACGGGCAGACUAUCACAGAGGAGAAGAAUCUGGUGGAUACCGUCUAUGCACUGAAGGACGAGGUCAAGGAACUUAGACAGGAGAAUAAAAAGAUGAAACAGUGUUUGGAGGAAGAGCUGAAGUCCAGGAAAGAUCUAGAGAAGUUGGUUCGGAAGUUACUGAAGCAAACAGAUGAGUGCGUCAGGGAAGACGCUGGGCGGAGGUCCUUAGUGCUUGCCUGAUUUCUGAACCCUGCUCACACGGGGCGGUUAGCUCACAACCUCAGGUAUUCCCUGGAACUGAGGGCCUUGGUUCCCCUUACUCAUCAUAUUGGAGUUUGUGUUCUGCCUUUGUUUCGGGGGUCUUUUCACAGCACCCUAGACUUUUGGUGUUGGAAGGGACCUCUCCCGAGGGUCAUCCAGUCCAACCCCCUGCAAUGCAGGAAUCACAGCUAGAGAAUCCCCGACAGAAGGCCACCCGACCUCUGCCACCACUCUCUGAAGGAGUCCGUGCAACCAGCAGGCAGAUCGAGUUUCGUUCUGUUACAAACAAGAAAGGAAAAGGCUCUGCUGAUUUAUUUAUUCCCCCGACACCCCCCCUGCCCAAUUCAAAGAAGCCAGCAACAGCCAGUGAGCAAUUCUUUCCUUAAAAGAACAAGAAUCACCCCAGGCCAUGCUUCGGCCCCUGAGUCUCUAUGACCCACCUUUGUAACUCUAGGUACCUCACUGCACCUUUUUCUAGGAACGUGGAUUUUGCAACUGACCAAAUGCCAUUCGGAGUGAAGAUCCGCUGAGUGGAAGCUGUAGAGGAAAGGCUUUCCCCCUGUCUUUCCUCACUUUUUUUUCUUUUUAAAUGCCUGUAACUUAAUUUAUUGGUUUCGUGGGGUUUGGUGGGUGGAGAAAAAAGGGGGGAAAUGGUUCCUUGAAUCGCAAUCAGGAAAGAAAGUUAAAGGUGAUUUGCACUUCUUUAGAUAAUCAGGAAAACCGAGUUAGGUUUCCCCUCACGUUAAAUAACAACUGUUUGUUACCUGCACCCUUGAGGCACAGAGCACAACAAUACAGUGGUUUCUGAAAUGGCCUUUCUAUGGAUAUGAAUAUGCAAUGGGCACCACAGUACGUUGGACUACAUUUGUCUGGGUGCUGUCCUGAACUCGCUGGGAGUUUGCAGAGUCCCUCAGUAGUGCUUCUUUUGAGCAGCGAGGGCUUAAGAGCACAGCGGAGAGCUUUGCUCACCACUGUAGGGUGUGUGAGCGUCACAUGCAUGUGUGUGAAUGUGUGUGCCCUUUGGGUUUUAACUAGGGCUUCAACAUAUCGGCUAGAUGAAUCAAUUUACAAACAUCUCAGUCGAGUUAAAACAGUGUCCCCAAUCAAUUCGAGAGGCUGUACCCAGCAUGAGUAAUUUCGACUCACUGAAAUGAGCAGACCCAAGUUAGUCCUGUCCAUUAACUUUAGUGGGUCUACUCUAUGUAGUACUAGCAUUAGAUACAACCCUUUAAAAAUGAUGAGGGUGGCCUUGGAUUGUAUUCCACCAAGUUGUACUCUGAAUAAUGGACCUAGGUUCGUUUAAUUUCAGUGAGUCUACUCUGUGCAGGACUAGCACUGAUUACCACCCUAACUUAAGGCAAUGGAUUUAAAUUGGAUCAGAUUCACAUUAUUCAUUUAAAGCACCAUACAUUCCCCCAGAGAAUCCUGGGAACUGGAGUUUUCACACACACAGAGAGAGCUAAUAUUCCCAGCACCCUUAACAUGCUAUCGUUCCCAGGUUUUAUGGAAUCAUGGACUUGUAGAGUUGGAAGGGACCCUGAGGGAUCCUCUAGUCCAACCCCCUGCAAGCAGGAAUGUGCAGCUGUCCCCUUUGGGGAUCGAACAUGUCACCUAUAGUGUGGCUCAACUCUGAGUAAAACAUAUUUGGAUAUAGCUCACAACUUUUUAAUUAUUAUUAUUAUUAUUUUUAAAAUAGUUUUGUAAAAAAAACACUUGCACUGAAAACAAUCAAGCGGCAAGGGGCAUCUUGGAAGUGGCUUUCCCUCCCGUGUUUGAGAGUGAGGGAGGCUGCAUGAGCAUCAUGACUCAGCAGCAUCAGAAAAUGCAUCUGCCUGCUUAGAAGAGGCAUUCAUACCACCCAUGGACAGCUCUCUGGUACCACUUUCCCCAUAGCACCCUGGAAGGUGCCGUUUACUAAGGGUGCUGAGAGCUAUUGCCCUCCUAGAGCUCUGGAGGCUGAUAACUCUGAGCACUAUCAAUACAUUAGACUCCCCAGGGUUCUUCGGGGGAAGCCUUGACUGUUUAAAGUGGCAUGGUAUUGCUUCAAAUGUAUGGUGUGGCCUCAGUCUCUCUCUCUUUGGAUAUGCAGAGCUUCUCUUCUAACAUGUCAGAUCAUUCAUAUAUAGCCCUAUAUUGGCUACUCCAUAUAUAGCCCUAUAUUGGCUGUGGAGACUUAGAGGCCGCAUGUCUGUGUUUUGCAUUAGCCAGAGGUAAACGUAGGCAAUGUGACAACUGUUUAUACACAUAGAGAAAACAUGUACCGUUCACAGUUCAGAGACACAAUCUAGGCAGGCAAAAGCAGCCAAGGAAGAAGUGAAGCAGGGCCAGCAAGGGACCUAGCCUAGGGAGAGUCCUGAUGGCCAGUUGAGGAGAGGGCACACAGGACCCCCGGACCUGAGGUUCCCCAUUCCUAAUCUAGACUGUCUAGCAAGGCCACUCCUCAGUCUCAGUCUGAGAAAAAAAUGCCCCUGUUCUCCUGCUCCUUGUGAAACUGGAUUUAACAGGAUCCUUUAAAAAAGAAAAUAUUCUGGUCCUCAGUGACCUUUAUAAAAGGAUGUGAUAAAUGGGGACAGAGGAAGCCACUGAUGACUGAGUGUGGCCAUUGGUCCCUCUGAAUGAGUGGCUCUUUAGGGUUGAACUUGGAGGUGCCAGGAAUUGAACCUGAGACUUUCUACAUGCAAAGCAAUGCUCUACUUUUGAAUCUGGAGUCCCUUCCCUCUGCUGUAGGAAGGGGAUGCCUCUUCUGAGAAAACACUUACUGGGUGAAAAGUACUUCUGACAGGUAAAAACAAAUAAUACUUUUCCUCAGAAAAGUGCAUUUAGUCGCCAGCUAAUUUAUGUAGGUGGAAUCAAAGCAAAACCUGUCCGAUUCAGUCUAUUUUGUUGAUCGGCUGAUAGCCCUCGUGGUAUGUUUCCUUUUCUCUUUUGACGGAGUAUUUGCUGUUCCCCUUCAUUGUGAGCACUGAUGCUGAAGUUGUGUGCUGAGUACCCAGCAGAGACUUUAAAAAAAAUAAUUAAAAACAGGAUAAUAUAUUCUGUACUCAUAAGUGGGAGGGGAGAUAGUUCAGAUAUUCACAACUGUGUGAGGAAUGUUUUGUGGAAGCUGGAUGAAUUUUCAUCCAGCUCCAUCUAGGAUAAGAAGAGAUUAUAGAUACUUAGGGAACACAGACUAAAUCAAAUGAAGAAUGAAUUUUCUUUUUGUAUGUGCUCUUAAAGGAAAUAUUUAACCAUAACAAUAUGCAAGCCAGCCAGGUCUGCCUAUAAUAUAACUUGCACAUUUCAUUUAUUUCUGGGUUCCUCAAAGAGUAUUCCUAUUCCCUUUCCCCUGGCUUUAUUUUAUUUUUGCUGGCAUAAUUCCAUUUUACCAAUUGCUCUACGAAACCAAAGUUUGAAUUUUAACGGUUGUUAAUUGAGUCAUCGCAGUGGCUGAACUCUGGCCUUCCUAAUCCACCCACAGUCAGCUUUUAGCAGGGAGCAGAAAUCCUUGCCACUAGAAUCAUAGAAUCAUAGAAUCAUAGAAUCAUAGAGUUGGAAGAGACCACAAGGGCCAUCCAGUCCAACCCCCUGCCAAGCAGGAAACACCAUCAAAGCAUUCCUGACAGAUGGCUGUCAAGCCUCUGCUUAAAGACCUCCAAAGAAGGAGACUCCACCACACUCCUUGGCAGCAAAUUCCACUGCCGAACAGCUCUUACUGUCAGGAAGUUCUUCCUAAUGUUUAAGUGGAAUUUUCUUUCUUGUAGUUUGAAUCCGUUGCUCCGUGUCCGCUUCUCUGGAGCAGCAGAAAACAACCUUUCUCCCUCCUCUAUAUGACAUCCUUUUAUAUAUUUGAACAUGGUUAUCAUAUCACCCCU